AUGUCUCGAGAGAUCACUGUCACCACCCUGGGCUGGGUGUACAAUGCCCUGACAAUAGCAUGGACGGUCAUUCUCGUGGCCGGAAUGCUCUUUCUGCACCGACAUAGAAAGCUUCCCUUCCUCCGCAUUCGCAGGCUGCCGCUGGUCUUCAGUGCUAUCGUUCUGCUACACCUGUACGGCGUCGCUUCAAUGAUCGCCUUUACCAUCGGCAGUCUCAUCCCUUGUGAUGUCCAGUUCUGGGUCAUGAGCAUAUACCUUCCAUUCGGAAUGGCCCUGUUGCAAGCUGCCAACAGUCAAUUUCUCCACGUGGCGAGCCAGCAACGGCGCUAUGCCCGUGUAACCAGCCUCGACAGCAGUACCCUGCCUGAGAAGACGGACCGGGUCAACUCUUCGCAAAGCUGGUUCAGACGCACACUCGAGAGAGUCUCCGCGCUGGACAGGACAACCAAGAUUGUAAUCUACAUUGGGAUUGCGAUGGUAGUUGAGCUGUUACUUACCUUCUUCAUCUACUUCGGCUCCGAGAUAUUUCAUCCAAGUUACGGCAUCUUCCACGUCGAAGUACCUGGAACAGAGGAGAGGAAGGUCCUGUGUCUGACAGGAUGGGAGUGGUUUUCCUUUUCCAUAUUCUUCAUCGAGUUGUUCACCAUCUUCAUCCCCUGCUCGCAGGUCAUCAAGUCCCACAACCUCCGUCAGGAGACCCUUGAUGCCAUUGCUUCAUGGGAAGAGAAAAAUAGGGGUCUCUUCACGGACCCCGACUCCGUAUCGACGGCUGGGUACAGCGGAUCUACCUACCGGGACUCGAUCCUGAGCACCUCGGUCGCUGAACAAAAUAGGAAGAGCAAACUAGUUUCCAGCUCCAGCAAUGUUGGCUCUAAUGAGACUCGGAAGACCGAUAUUUUGACCAUGGUCGCCUUGGAGAAUGUUCUCCGCACAAAUCCUCAGCCCCUUCUUGAGUUUGCAGCGUUGAAAGAUUUCUCCGGCGAGAACGUCAGCUUUCUCACCCACGUCGCAGACUGGAAGCAAGCCGCCGCCGCCGCCUCCUCCUCCUCUGGUGCUCGAUCUCCCCCAGCCGUGGGCGAACAUUUCAUGCGUGCCGUCCAGAUCUACUCGCACUUUGUCAGCCUCGAUCUGUCCGAAUUCCCCGUCAACAUCUCGUCCCGGGCCGCCAAGGAGCUCUUUGGCAUCUUCGACAGCGCAGCCAAGGCGCUGCACGGGCGGCGCCGCAGCGAGCAGUCGGAUGUCUCGUCAGCUACGCCCUUCGACGACGUGUCGCCCGGCGGCUCGACGGCCAACCUAAACGGUGGGCAGGGCUGCGGUCCCGCGGGGCUCGAGAACACGCUGGGCAAGGCAAACCUGCAGUCUGUUGUCCGCAUGGCCGAUCUCAGCAGCCGCAGCAGUGACAGCGGCUUGCCUGACCUGCCCGUGCCUGCUGCGUUCGGCCCGCAGGUCUUCGACGUGGCCGAGGCGGAGAUCAAGCAUCUCGUGCUCACGAAUACGUGGCCCAAGUUUGUGCGCUCCAGUGCCGAGAGCAGAGACCGGUCACAGACGGAAAAGACUCGUGUUAAUUACAUGAGCAAGCUACUUUGUGGACUAGGAGACAUGGUGUGA